AAGUGAUAACAUAGUUUUGAUACCAUAGGCGACCGUAAGCCAGAGUUCCUCUAUCGACAAAAUGAAGCUCUCUAUUUUAUUUAUUGGAUUUUUCAUUGCUCUAUGUAAAGGAGAUGGAAGAAUAGCAGGCGGGCAGCCGACGUCCAUAAGCCAGUACCCCUUCGUGGUCCCUCUGUUAACCAACUCAGGCGCAGGCAACGUGUUCACGCAUGCGUGUGGAGGCACCAUCCUCACUAACAACGCAGUCCUGUCCUCUGCUUCGUGUUUCUUUACUGGAACUGUUGCUGACCCGGUGAGCCAAUGGCGGGUUCGAGUGGGGUCUUCCUUCAGGAACGGCGGCGGAGUGAUCUUUGUGGUGAACCGCAUCACGCCGAACCCGAACUUCAAUACGGGGACGCUUAACAACGACAUUGCUGUUAUAAGAACCAGGUUUAACAUGAACCUUCAGCCGGGGGUGGCGGAAGCGGCUACCAUCGCCGGGGCUGGCUAUACGUUCGUCCAAAACGCUGUUGUUUAUGGCGUUGGAUGGGGAAAGACUUCGCCCACAGGCGACUGGUCGGACGAGAUCCGCCACGUGGAGAUCUUCGUGGUGAACCAGCAGACGUGCGCGGGCCGCUAUAGCGAGCUCGGGUUCGCGGUCACCAACAACAUGGUCUGCGCUGGGUGGCUCGACGUUGGCGUGCGAGGACAGUGCGAGGGCGACAACGGCGGCCCACUGGUGGACAACGGGGUGGUGGUAGGAGUGUUCUCUUGGACGAGGAGCUGUGCGGACUACUGGUACCCCGCCAUCAACACAAGAGUGGGCAGCUACACUGGCUGGAUCGUUGCCACUGCGAUCGCAUCGUGAACAGUUUAGGAUAAUAGUUCUAAUAAACUUCGUUUUUGAGUCGAAA